UCUGGGCCGCGCUUUUAAAAUGCACGCGGCACAUAAGCUCGAGGUUUGCGCGGGAGUCGCGAGGUCUGGACGUUUUGGGGUGAAAUCGGAUGUUUGGACGGCUGUUUCGGGAGAGAUUUUUCUGGCUCGACACAGUCUAGGCCCAGCUCUUUUUUAUGAUCUUUUGUAGAAGUGCGAACGGCGAUGGCGGCUGCGCUGGUGGGGAGGGAUAGCCUGAUGUCCCUUAGAUUGAUUGAUAGGCGAUUAUGGGCAGGCAUUUUAUUAUAUUUAAAGGGACAGGGGCGAUUUUUUUUAAAUAAGUCAUCGAAAACGUUUUAUUCGAAGCGGAAUAUUUUUUUCCAUUAUGACGUAACAAUUGGACUAUUAAUUGAUUCUGUAGCGCAUCGAAUAACAACUAUAUAUUCACCUGAACAUAUGGAGUGGUUCAGACUAGAAGCUCACUAGAAGCAUGGCGCCUACAGUAAUAGAAUAUGAAAGACCGUCUGAUACAUGAGCACGGUUGCCAUUAACUUAAUGAUUCCCUACAAUUAAUUCGCUAAUCGAAUUUGGGAACAAAUGCACAUCAUUUCAGUUAUUCUUUCUCAAAUUCAAAGUGAACCACUCAUUGAAUAUCCUACUGCAGUGGCAUUAUUUUGCUGUUACUAUUUAUAUCGCGAUACUGUAUUUGUUUGGUCGCAAACGAGUAGGUGUGUUUAUUCAAUUUCACAUAUUAUAUGUCUGAUACUGCACAAGUUAAUCUUAAAGUUGUCAUACACUCCAAUAAAGAAUGACUUUAUUCAUCUUUUAGAACAAUGUUUCGUUGUAAUGUGCAUGCAGAAAAUUUCAUGAACACCCUGUACUCAUAUUCCCUUAUACAGUACAUUUAAAGCAAAAUUACACUCUUAUUAUUAUUUGUUUUACUAAUUGAUGCAGUGGUGUGUUAUAUUUAUAGAUAAUGCAUAGCAACUAACAUUCAGUCUUCAUUAUACAGAAAUUCAAAUACACACACACAAAAAAAAAAAAAGAGUUUGAAAUGUUCUCUUGCAGCUCUUCCAAAUAAAUGUUUCUCAUUGUUGUGGCUGUGUUGGUUUAGUGGUGCUGAAGUUCAGCUUUAGAGAAUGCCCAAGCGUUGUCCAAGGCAACAGUAACUAUGAUGACAUCCCCAUCAGUGUCCAUGGAGGAUUACCAAGAGGCCGAACAGUGCCAGACGGGCUGCUCUGAGUAUUUCUGUAACUGCUGAUCUCCUGGGAUUUUCACACACAACGGCCUCUAGAGUUUACUCCGAAUGGUGCCAAAAACAUCCAAGGAGCGACAGUUCUGCAGAUGGAAAUGCCUGGUUGAUGAGAGCGGUCAAAGGACAGGGUUGAUGCAAAUGGGGGAACAGACAGCGGGACAAGCAGAAGAAUGUUUAGAAGAAGAGGAGCGAGAGGAGGAGGAGGAGGAGGAGGAGGAGGAGAGCAGCUCAGUGCCAUCUGAGACACAGACUCCUAUGGAGCUCUACAAGACAGCCAUUUACAGACAUCCCUUGUUUCCUCUGUUGGCACUGCUCUUUGAAAAAUGUGAGCAAUCUACUCAGAGCUCCGAUUGCGUGACUUCAGCCAGUUUCGAUGUGGACAUCGAAAACUUUGUACGGAACCAGGAGAAAGAAGGCAAGGCUUUUUUCAGUGAGGACCCCGAUUUAGACAAUCUGAUGGUGAAGGCCAUCCAAGUGCUGCGGAUUCACCUUCUGGAGCUGGAGAAGGUGAGCGACCUGUGUAAAGAUUUCUGCAGCCGCUACAUCGCUUGCCUCAAGACCAAGAUGAACAGCGAGACUCUGCUGAGCGGGGAACCAGGAAGCCCCUACUCCCCAACACAGACACUGCCACUAAGCUCAUUCUCUGGAGCCAUGAGUCCUCAAGGUAUUAUAGUACCAGCAUCUGCCUUACAGCAGGGCAAUGUUACUGUCACAGCUGUAAACCCCACACAGGUGGUCACAGGUGGUACGGUAUAUCAGCCCGUUACAGUUGUUACUCAGCAGGGGCAGGUGGUCACACAGACUCUGUCACCUGGAACAAUACGUAUCCAGAACUCACAGCUUCAGCUGCAAUUAAACCAGGAUCUGAGUUUUUUCACUCAGGAGGACAGCUCGUCUAAGGCAAAGAGAGGCAUCUUGCCCAAACAUGCAACCAAUGUCAUGCGCUCUUGGCUCUUCCAGCACAUCGGUCACCCUUAUCCUACAGAAGAUGAGAAGAAACAGAUCGCCCUGCAGACCAACCUGACCCUGCUGCAGGUUAACAACUGGUUCAUAAAUGCACGGAGACGAAUCCUGCAGCCCAUGUUAGACGCCAGCUCCUCAGACACACCCAAGAGCAAAAAGAAGACGCCCCAGACACGCCCCCUCCAACGCUUCUGGCCCAACACCCUCGCCUCUUCUGUUUCCCAGCAAAAAGUUACCAUGGAAGACGGUACCACGGUAACAGUCGGUGUGGGUGAAGAUGGGCUGCAGACGCUCUCAUCGGAUGGAGCUACGCUGGCCAUGCAUCAGGUCAUGAUGGGAGGUCACAGUGAGGAGGAGGAUGAAGAUGAUGAGGAAGAUGAUGAAGAAGAUGAUCCUUCUCACUCUGACAUGACCAGGCUGGGCCUGGAGACUAGCGACUCGCUGUAAUACAACUACACACACACUCUUACACUGACAUUACAGUGAUGUGGAGAAAGACAUUUUUCAGAGGAGUAUCAGAGCACUAAGAUGAAAGACAGUGGAAGACGGUAGGUAGACAUGAAGAGAGAGAGAGAGAGAGAGACAUACAAGCAAACAAACCUUGGCUGAUGUUUUGAAGAUCACUGCACACGUCCUCAAGUUGUCAAACAGCUUGUUUGGAGAACAGAGAAAGGGCUUAAAGCCAUCACACACACACACAAACAACCCACACAUGCUCAUGUACACAGUCAAAAUGAAGAGCACAAGUGCACAGUCAUUCUCUCACGCGGUCGAACACAAGAAGCAUUUCCUUCGCAGGAACUGCGGUUAUGCGACGCAGUUAGCCGAGUGCAGUUUUUUUUGUAUGAUACUGUAAACUUAAAAGUGUUCAAAGCACAGUUUGAAAGAGGUAAAGAAAAUGUACAAAAAAAAGAAAAUUUAAGGGAUAGUUCACCCAAAAAUGAAAACUCAUUUACUCACGUCUUUCCAAACCUGUAUGGCUUUACUUUCGUGGAACAUAAAGAACGUACAAUGAAAGUGAAUGGUGACUCAGGUUUAAAUUUUGCUUAACAUGUCCUUUUGUGUUCCAUGGAAGAAAGUCAUACAGGUUUGGAACAACAUGAGUACUGGAAAUAAUGAAGAACAUUUUUUUUGGUGAACUUCAGCCUUAAUGCUGAAAGAUAUGUACUUAUCCUAAUCGUCUUGGAUACUAUGACAAUGAGAUUUCGUCUUAUGCAUGCCUGUGUUUGCAUUAAUUGCCAGGCACCAGGAAAAGAAGGAACUAUUUUUAUAGUACACUGUCAGAAAUGAUUGGUGCCAAAUAUUUGUUCUUUUUUUUUUUUUUGGCUCUUAUUUGCUAUGUUUUGUAAGGAAUGUAUGGAGAAAAAAAAAUAAGAAAACAGGUCCCCCUGUUUGUUUGUUUUUUUAUUGGGGGGGUUGAAUUGUGGUAACUACUAAGUACAACGAAAGAAAUUCCAGAAAAGUUAUCAGCUGGAGGCAUAGACUCAGAAGCCUUACGUUUUUACAUUUCUGAUGGAACAAUGUGAAACGCUCUCAUAUUUGUUUGAAACAUCACUGAUGUCCUGCACAAUCAGGAUAAAAACAUUUCCAAAAAUGUGCUAGGUUGUGAUAAUAUUUAUGAUAUUCAAUGCUUGCAAUUUUAUUGCUUUUUAAUGGUUACAUUGAAGAAAAAAAAAAAAUCUUGCAGAAGUGGAAUGCAGACAGAUAUCAACGAUAUCAGCUUUAUAUUUAUGUACAUUUUUGGCAGAACUUUUUUUUUUUUUUUAUCUUGGACAUUUCCUAAAGAAUUUUUUAUUUUUUUUCAAUAUCUAUAGAUUGUUUGCAUGGGUUUUGAUUUAUUAUUGUAAAGAAACAUUGACUAUUUUUUGUUUUAGAAAAUAUGCUCAAACGCUCGCAGCAGAUUACACAAAUCUAUCUCACGAUGUAAAGCACUUGAAAUUUGUACCAUUGACCAGUUUGACUUAUUAAAUUAAUUCUCAAUGAUAAGUUUCAUGCAUGGCAUUUCAAGGUUUUUAAAAGCCAAUAUAGAAUAUGAAUUUUACUUGGUUUGCCCCAAUUUUUUACUUUAUUUUAUGACCUAAAAUUCUUUCUUUACAGAUGUCAGUUCAUUAAUUGAACUCAUAAAUCCUGUUUUAUUGUUAUUUAGCGUAUUCAGUGCUUUAGGUUGUCUGUUCUGAGCAGCUUUUCAUUUGCAUCAAUAGUCUUGUGAUACCAUCAGUCAGAUGACUAACCCAAAAGCAGACAGUCAACUCCGUUAGCUCAGCAUGGGGGGUUUAAAUGCUAAACUUAGCGCUUUGAGCAUCUUUUUCUUUGCUUCUAUAAUCGCUUUUCUCACACACAUAGACACAAACACACACAGAUUUGCCUUUCAGACUCUUAAUUUUGUAAUAAAAAACAC